AUGAAUAUUCUGGCUCUCUUCAUCUUCUGCCUUCUGGUCAUCACCUCUCCAAUCCUUGCUGAUGACACCAGGGGAACCCGUUGCACUUCUGAUGAGCAAUGCAGAAAAGUAGCAAUUUGUGUUGCUGGAUGGUGUAUCAUCGAGCAAGGCAUCAAUCGCCAUGACGACCAAGCUCUCAUGUACGACUUCGCCGAUUGCCUUGCCGUCCAAACGUUCCUCCGAAUGACGUCACUCCCAUUCAAUGUUCGUCAACGUCCCAACGUCGAUUUCAUCUCUCCAGACGGCGUCAUUCCACUUCUGAAAAUCAAUAAAACUCUCAUCACCGGAUUCAAUGCUAUCGUUGACUUCGUUCAUAAGAAGGGCGUCACUUUGACUUCUCAUUUGAGUGAGACUCAAGUCGCCGAUAUGAGAGCCAAUAUCUCGAUGAUUGAGCAUCUUUUGACUACUGUUGAGAUGUUCGUCCUGUGGAAGCACGAUGAAACAUACGAUAAGGUGACGAAACUGAGAUAUGGAAGUGUCUAUCAUUGGCCACUUUCGUCGGUUUUGCCGUUUUUGAAGAGAAGAAAAGUGUUGGAAGAGUUGGCUGAUAAGGAUUGGGAUGCCAAGACAAUGGACGAAGUCGGUGAGCAAGCGGAUAAAGUGUUCCGUGCCCUCUCCGCCCAACUCGGUACCCAGAAGUACUUGACAGGAGACUUGCCGACAGAAGCGGACGCUCUUCUAUUCGGACACAUGUACACUCUCAUCACUGUCCGUCUUCCACUGACAAAUAUCACGAAUAUUCUGAAGAAGUACUCGAAUUUGAUCGAAUUCACGAAGAGAGUCGAACAGCAAUAUUUCAAGCAAUGA